UAAAAAGGAGAUUUUUUUUUUAUAAAAUUUGAAAUAUGGGAUGUUGUCAAAGUAGAGGCGCUGAUUCCAAAGCUAAUAGGAUUGCUCGAUGGCGAUCAACCGGCAUUGUUGCUUUACGUGACGCCAAAUUGAAGACAUUUCCCGAUGAGGUUCUUGAUCUGGAUAGAUCUGUGCGAACUCUUGAUUUAACGCACAAUAAAUUAGUUGAAAUUCCUAUGGAUAUCAGCAACUUAGUCAACAUGCAGCGCCUGAUUUUAGCCUCUAAUCUUAUCGAGCGACUACCAAUUAAUCUUGGGAAGCUUCAGGCUCUAAAAGUUAUGAUACUUGAUGAGAAUCAUAUUACUUCCUUGCCUGAUGAAUUGGGCCAGCUGGUAAGACUUGAGAAGUUAUCGAUCUCUGGAAAUAUGUUAAUGUCCUUGCCCGAGACUAUUGGCAGCUUGCGCAAUUUGUCAUUGCUUAACGUGUCUAACAACAAGUUAAAGUAUCUUCCUGAAUCAGUUGGGAGCUGCUUUUCUUUGGAAGAGCUGCAAGCAAAUGAUAAUCUUAUCGAAGAACUUCCUGCAUCUGUUUAUCUUGUUCACUUGAAGUCACUUUGCUUAAACAAUAACAAAAUCAGCCAGAUUCCUCCUAAUUUAUUGAAAGACUGCAAAGCUCUUCAGAAUAUUUCGCUGCACGACAAUCCUAUUUCAAUGGAUCAGUUUCAGCAAAUGGAAGGGUUCCAAGAAUUUGAAGCAAGAAGGAAGAAGAAGUUUGACAAGCAAAUUGAUUCAAAUGUGAUGAUUGAUUCGAAAGGCCUCGAUGAGGGUGUUGAUCUAUAACUCUGCUGCAUUCACUGUUCUGAGUGGACAAAUGGUUGCAUAUGUUGAACAACAUGAGGAUUGGGACAGAUUAUAUUGAUAGUUUACAAAAAAGAUGUAUAGUUACAGAAUUGGGUUGGAUUUUCUCUGUAAGUAAUUGAUACUAUUAGCUUUUCUUUUAUUUAUAGUUUGAUAUUAUUUUA